ACAAACGUCUCUAUCUUGUUGUCGUCAUGACUCUCUGGGUACCUGCACAGGCUUCACGCUGUGUCAACAUCAAAGAUCCAGCAACGAGCAGAUGAAGCAACGACUGAUUUAUAAACAUUUUGACAGUUUCUUUGAUUAUGGAUGUUCAAAUUUCACCAAAUCAAUCAAUAAAAAACCGUUACAUUUAACGGCCCGUGCGCACGCGAGCUGCUAAAGUUAGCCCCGGGUGCUAAUGUCAACAUAGAUUAGCUGACAGCAGGUUUGAAGUGUGACUGCGUGACGAGCUGCGGAGGAUUCAACUUAAAAGUGACAUUUCUGUCCGUGUUUAACAACAUCAGCGUCCGCCAGAGCGAGCCGGCGCCGGGCCUGUCAGCAUGCGGAUCUUACGGUUCCUGCGGAGCAGCGUGUCCAUCGGGAAGGACAUCGACUACUACUCCAAGUUUUCACCCUCUCCUCUGUCAAUGAAGCAGUUUCUGGAUUUUGGCUCGGGAGAUGCAUGUGAGAAAACAUCGUUCGCCUUCCUCAGACAGGAGUUACCCGUGAGGUUGGCAAACAUCAUGAAAGAGAUCAACUUGUUGCCCGACAACUUACUGAGAACUCCCUCAGUCCGGUUGGUGCAGGGCUGGUACAUGCAAAGUCUUGAGGAAAUUCUCGAGUUCAAAGACAAAAACGCGGACAGUGAAAAAGUGACAUACGAUUUCACAGACGCGGUGAUAAAAAUCAGAAAUCGACACAAUGAUGUCAUUCCCACCAUGGCUCAGGGAGUCGUCGAGUACAAGGAGGCCUACGGCACGGACCCGGUCGUCAGCCAGAACGUUCAGUAUUUCCUAGAUCGUUUCUACAUGAGCAGGAUAUCCAUCAGGAUGUUGCUCAACCAGCACACUCUCCUCUUCGGUGGGAAGGUGAAGGUGAACCCGGCACAUCCCAAACAGAUCGGCAGUAUUGAUCCCCACUGUCGUGUCAGCGAGGUUAUCAGAGAUGCGUACGAAAACGCACGAAACCUUUGUGAUCGGUACUACAUGAACUCUCCUGAGCUGGUGCUGGAGGAAUUCAAUGUCAAAGAGCAGGGAAAACCCGUCACUGUGGUCUACGUUCCAUCUCAUUUGUACCACAUGGUGUUUGAACUUUUUAAGAACGCCAUGCGAGCCACCAUGGAGCUGUACGGCGAUGCCAUGGAGUAUCCCUCCAUCCACGCACAGGUCGCUCUGGGAACUGAAGAUCUGACAGUGAAGGUGAGCGAUCGUGGAGGUGGCGUGCCGCUGCGCAAGAUUGACCGGUUGUUCACCUACACGUACUCCACAGCUCCCCGACCCAGCAUCGACGGGUCCAGAGCUGCUCCUCUGGCUGGUUACGGGUACGGCCUGCCCAUCUCUCGACUGUACGCCCGGUACUUUCAAGGUGACCUGAAGCUGUACUCUCUGGAGGGUUACGGAACUGACGCUGUGAUCUACAUUCGGGCACUCUCCACCGAGUCCAUCGAGAGGCUCCCCGUCUACAACAAGUCCGUGUGGAAACAUUACAAGACGAUCCACGAGGCGGACGACUGGUGUGUCCCCAGCAAAGAGCCCAAGGACAUGACAACAUUUCGCAGUGUCUAGAUGUGAACGACGGCAGUCCGGUAGCAAAGUGUGCGAGAUGAGAAGGUGUGUGUGUGUGUGUGUAGAUUUCCUUGUACAGAAAGAAAAGAAUAAAAGAUCAAAGUUUUAGUGCCAUAUUACACGUAGAACAACAGAUUUAAAAGACGUACUUUUACUGGUGGACCGAGAGGAAUCAGGACCAGGUUUCUAGAAAGCCACAUUGUUCCUAAAGUAAAGAUCUUCAAAGCUGUUACUGAAAGCUUUUUUUUAAAAACAUAACCACAUGAUUCAUUAAGGAGCCCUUUAAAUAUGGUUAUUAAAGAACUGUGACGAUGUAGCUAUCUUUAAAUGAUGUGUAAACAUGAUGACAGAGUAUCUGUGAUACGCUGAAAUCAGUUUUUUAGAGGCUUUGAGAACAAAAAUCUCAGGACAGAAAAUCUUAAAACCUCGCCGACUGAAGCUCUCUGCGUGGUUCGAUGCCAAGAGGAAAACUGGAAAAAUGUUUUUAGUAGUUUGGCUGAACGAUGUUUUGUAAGUGUCUUUACAAACGUUGGUUUACGUUCUUCUCUUUAUUUGCGUUGCUGCUUUUAUUUUUGCUGAAAGUGUAAGUUUGUUACAGUGUGCUGUGCUGUGUGAGGUUUGUGAGAAAAGUUGUUAGAGAAGUGGUUGCUGCUUGUUUUUUUUAAAUCUGUCGGGGGCUUCGUUGUUUUCAUCGAGGGCAUUUCUUCUCCGUGCGAUCAAAAAAAAAAAAAAAAGUAUUGAUGGAUUUUCAGUUUUCAUCCUAAAGUGUGUUAAUUUGCAAAUGAGGUACUGCAAAUCUGAAACAAGAUGAACCAUGUUUGUGUCACAGUAUAAGAGAGCUAAGUACAGUAUUGGGGCUGCUGUUAAAUAAGCUAUAAUUCAUAUUUUCCAUGUUACACUAAAACAGUCAUGCUGCAUGUUCAGUAAAAAAGAAUAUUUCAAUCA